UGGGAAGAGAGGGAGGCGAUCAGGAGGAGAGGAGGGCAAGGGUACAAGGUAGAGAAACGAGGAGGAGUAGGGCAAGGUAAUGGCAAGGGAGGCACAAGCCAACAAUCAGAAGGGCACCGCGUAGCAAAGAGGCGAGCGCAGGGGAGAAAGGAGCUGCGCACAAGACGGCAAGGACUAGGGAGGCAGACAAGCGUGAUUCUUUGGUCAUGCCGCAGGACGUUGCAGCUGUCAUCUGCAUCUGAACACGAUGUCGAGAGAGAACCGGGGGCAAGCUUGUGCAGGCAUGCACAUGUAGAAAAGCAAGGAAUUCCUCCCCCUCCCCCCUCCCCCCUCGCCCCUCCCCCCAAAAAGGCAAGGAAGUGGGUGAGUGGUACUGAGCAGAAGGCCAGGUCCUGCCCUUCAAAAAAAACUUAAAAAUAAAUAAAUAAAUUGAAAGGGAGGUGUUGUUAUCAUAUUUGAAAUGGAGGAGGGAGGAGACGAAAAGGAGGAAGCACCAUGAGGAAGCUGAAAAAAAAAGAAAAACAAGUAAAAAAUAAAUUAACAAAAUGAGGAAGCUAUCUGGUGACAGAUCUAACGGACGGGAUCUGGCCAAUCCAGUGGUGGUCCCCGACCAUCCAGGACUGAUUCAGAUGGGUGGUGGAUGGCACUCGAGUGAGCCCAACAGCCUUCCAUAUGAAAGGUCCAAUGAAGUUGCAUUGCUUCGGCGUGAGAAACACGUUGGGGCUGCGCCAGCUGGCAGCUCUGUGGAACUAUCUUCCACAGAAGGCUCACCCUCCGGGCAGGGCAGGAGAUGGGGAGCAUGGAGAUGUACGGGGUCUCGUUUGUCCUGUGGAAGAUGGUUAAUCUUGCGCUCUAUGUUCAGACUGCCGGUACUUGCGAUCAUCAUCGUGGCCUUUUUUUGUUUGGCUUAUUACAUGACGGAUGAGUGGCUUCAGAUUGUGUGCGCGCCGUUGGGGGGAAAGGGAUGUCUGGCAACCUCCACCUCCUUGGGUUUGAACAUGAAUGGCACCGACGCUAUCGAUCGUCGUCCUGAGCGUUCUGCACUCAACCUAAGCGUCGUGGAGCUGCUCCAACUCCCCUUGAGAGGACAAGAUGCUUUCACAAAAGUCUUGGUCGAAGAGAAUGAUCCGAUGUUCAUCGGGGCGCUCGAUUGCUUGUACUACAUCAGUCGGGUAGUGGGAGAGGGAGGAGGGAACUCUUCCUCGUCUGCACGUUGCUGGUCUUCGGGGGGGCUUGUGCAGCAGCUGCAGGCUGGCGAUCCGAAGCCGAGCGAUGGUGUAGGGGAUAAUGGUGCCGGCGGGGGGCUCCAGCUACAGGGACGUGAGCUAAAUAGGACGUUGUGUAUACAGAAUACGGUGGCCGCGAAGUCAGAGGAGCGUGUGGCCAUAUGGAUGGCGGGAAAGGAAAGGGCUUGCGUGUGUGACGAGGUGUGUGACAUCGUGCUGCAGACGUUGACACCCGGUGUGACAGCUGCAUUUGCAGCUGAGCUGAUGGUGACGGUCGCAGGGCCCGAGAUGCGGGUUUUGGAUAUUGCCGUCGCCGAUGACCCCCAGGCCCCUAACCCGAUCGGAGUCUUUAAUGGGUCGGGACCCCCGGAGUUCUGGUUUCUCAGAUGGAAGCCGCGUGUACCAGGUCGGUAUCGUGCAAUGGUUAGGUCCAACUGCUUCGGAAAUGCGGCCCAUCAGGUCCAGGGGAUGCCAGGCCGGCACCUUUACGCCGAGUUCAAUAUCGAUGUGUGCGCCAAGGACGCUGAAGUGGAAAACGACAAAAAGGAUAGGCCCAAGGAGCGAGUGUCCGGGUUUUGGAACCUCGGUGUCUCCUCAAGUGGUCCCAGCGAGUUCCGUAAGAAGAAGAACAGGAAGGGGAGGAGUUCGAAUCCGUGCACUGAGGGAGAGUUUGGGCGAUGGCGGCGGAGCGAUGGCGGUGACUACGAAUGGAGCUUCCAUGACUGCGCGUUCGACGAACUCGUUCAAGGCAAUCAUGGUGCCGAUGCCAAGGAUGGGAAAGAGGAGGAGAGGGUGGAGGAGGAGGAGGAGGAGGAUAUGGCAGAUGACAGUAAUACAGGGAGCACGGCCGUCACACAAGACAGGCCACAGCGACAUCAGCGAUGGCGGCGGCGCCGUUGGGCGUCAGUUCCAUCUUUUUCGGCGCAGAUCGAGGGUCAUUUGGCGACAUAUGACAAAAAUGUUUGCGAGAUUGUCGAUCCGGACAUGGAGGAUUUCCUGGAAAGGUUAAAUAUACGUGGUAUUCACGAGAUCACCUUUUUGGGUGAUUCCCAUUUACGUCUUCUCUACGAUGCAAUCGUGGAGAUGGUGGGGACAAGGGUGAAAGAUCCGAUGACCGACCAGUACAUCGUGCUAAAGACAGCAUCAGCUCGAGAGUCUGCAUCCUCCUCCGCAUCAGCUCCUCUUCCUCCUUUUUCCGUGGCUCGACCCUCUUCUUCUUCUCCUCCUCCUCCUCUUGAUAUGUCCACCUCUCCUCGUUCGAAUACUACGGCUAUGCCUUCUUCUUCUUCUUUGCCUCUAGGAAGUGGUGCUUUGACAAGUGACAUUUCUGCUUCUGCAGAUGCUUCUUCGUCCUUGUCGACCCCCUCUUCUGCCCAUCCCUCCUCCUCUUCGGCAGCAAUGGUGGGGGAGUUGAGACUUAACUUCUUCUGGGUGGAUGGGAUUUACCUGAACGGGGAAUUCGGCUGUUGGAGCAGAGGGUCAGCAUCACACCGUCCGUCUUUCCCGCCGAAUAUUCCGCGCGGGAACGAAUCCGAUGUAGUUGUGAUGGAUGCCGGCGCGUGGACCUGGGCGUUUUGCAAGCAAGCUGUCGCAUCAUUCGACAAACACUUGCCGGAAUUCCUUGAUUGGGUGACGUCUGUUGUCACCAAGCCUGGAGUGCGACGGAUUUGGCGCUCCGCGACUCCUAUCACACCGCAAUACUGGGGUUGCAAUGCGCGGACCAAUCACGGGAUGAGAUACGCCAAUGACUUGGCACGCAGGCUCACAGCUGAGCGCGGCAUCAACUUCUUCGACGCGUGGCACAUCGAGGCCUGCCUCUAUCUCCAUGACUGUGCCCGAAUGGUCUACCCUGCAUGGGCCAACAACGUACAUUACACUUGCUUAAUUUGGCGGGAUGAGUGCUUCAGAGUCACAGGUCCCGCAGGGAGAGCCGCUGCCCGAGACUUUGCCCACUACCUCCUUUAUCGCUUACCUUGACUUAAUAAGGGGCUGCGGAUGAGAUACGUCACGACCCCCUGUUAUGUGCCACUUUUGUCUGUUUUUGCAAAGAAAAGCACUCCUUCUCCCGAAGUUAUGGAGUCAUUUUGCUGAGUUCCUUCAACAUGGUUAUCUCAAGCGCCUUAGCAUACUCUACUUGUUCACCUGUGUCGGUUUGACAUGGCGCACAUUCUGACAGCUCAGCAUGGCAUCCACUUUUACUACACGUGGCACAUCGAGGCCGCUGCGCUGGGCACGGUUUCCAGGCAGGUGUUGCUCCCCAUCAAUAGACAGGAGACACUCUGUGCUGCACGACCGGGGGCUCCUCGUAUCACCCCAAGUGGCACGCUGCGCAGAGGUUGUAGGCCUCGCCUCCCUGUAUCUGCAUGCCUGUGUGCGCAUGCUCUACCCCUCCCGGGCCCAACAAUGUGCGUUGCACGUGCUUAAUUUGGCGGGGCCGGUGCUUCAGAGUGACAAGUCCCGCAGGGCGAGCCGCUGGCCAAGACUUUGCCCACUACCUCCUUUAUUGAUUACCUUGAUUGCAGAAGGGGGCUUGCUCCAGUACUCACCGAAUGUGCAAAUGAGAAAAAAUCUUCCGCGAGAACAUGGAAAGAUACGCCGCCAUAUUUUUUGUCUUUUGUGCAUGUGGUGAGUGGUGGAGCGAGGCCCUUUGUCGAGGAUGAAGAUGGUUAUGCUGGUGAUGAUGAUGAUGAUGAUGAUGAUAAUGAAUGACUAUGGGUGCC